AUGUCAACAAAGUUUGCGUUGGAGCAGAAAGUAAAAAAAAAGGUUCACUCCGCGGUGCUGGCGAGAGGGCACGGACAAGAAACAAUAAAAUAUUAAGAAGUACUUUGAGCCGUUCUGCAAACAAUGCUCACUUUAUCGCCAUCGAGCGCACAGCCGGACACGAUGCGAUAAAGGUGCGCGGAUUCGGUGCCAUUUUUCGUUCGGUCGGUGAGCAAAGCUCGUGCAAACGUGUCGGUGUCGGGGCCCCUGCAAGCAGUGGUGCAGAUUUUCUCCCCACCCUCCCCUCAUCUGCUCCCCUGUCCAAUUUGGCUCGGAAUAAAGUUGCCAAUGUGCUGCAAUUCGUUCGCCAGCGCUACAUUCCGGACGGGGGUACGGUGGGCAAAGGGAAAGUGAAAGUGAAAACGGUGUGCCUGAAGUGAAGGGAAAGCUAUCGUGUACCAGGGGGUGGGCGUGAGGAGAGAAAGAAGAGGUUUGGGAGGAGUGUCAAUCGGCAGCAGCGAGCGAGUAUGUGGACGAGGAACACUCCCGGACGAACGCGGUGGAUUGUGAUGGGGGCGGCGGCCCUGUGGAUGCUGCUGGGGGCGGGGGUAGGCGAGCUGCCCAUGGCCCGCGCUGCCCACCUGACGGGCACGUUCGAGGUGGACGAGUUCUUUCGCUUUCUGCACAAGUUCGGCUUCCAGAAGACGGAGAAACACUCCCAGAAGGACACGGAGUGGGACACGUUCGGGUACAUCUACGGCAACAUUACGUCGAGCGUGAACUUUACCGUGCCGGUGACGCUGGCGGUGCUCGACAAGCGCAGCUUUCUCGAGUACUACGCGAACCGGAACGAUUACGACCGGGACGUGGCCUGCCAGCGGAUGUUCGAGAAGCUGGACAAGAUCGUGUACAGCCGGGCGUGCAAUCCGCACGCGGAGGCGGACUACCUGCGGCGCAUCCCGUGCGAGCCGGGCAAGCUGUGCGUGGACGAGGACACGCGGGAAAACGUCGUCCCCGGGAGCCAGUUCACGUUCGUCAUCAGUGAUCCGAACGUGCCAAGAUUCUGGUACGUGUCGAUGGUAGCCUGUUAUCAGAAUGUGUCCACCUGCCAGUGGCAUCAUUACGACUAUCGCAAGUACCACCCGGAACCGCCGGCGAUAAACUACGAUAUAACGCUCGUGAACGGGAACCCGAACCGGCAGACGCUGUCGUUCUUCAAUCCGCUGCUGUUUCACUUCUCCUUCGACCAGCAGAACACGCUCGAGAUGUAUUUGAUCUUUUUCGUCGUGUAUCUGCUGAUGGUGCCGCUGCAAAUCUAUGCCGUGCGGUUGCAGAAGCACCCGGUGACACGGCUGUUUACCGUCAGCCUGGUGCUGGAGUUUGUCAGCGUCUGUCUGCUGCUCACGCACACGGUGCGGUACGCGAUGAACGGCGUGGGCGACGAGAAGCUGGCCAUUAUGGGCGAUAUAUUUGAUAUCUUUAGCAGAACCUCAUUCAUGCUCAUACUGCUGCUGCUGGCGAAGGGGUGGGCCGUGACGCGACUACAGAUCAGUGUUAGCAGCUGGAUACUGCUGAUGGUUAUUUGGAUACCCUACUGUGCCAUACACGUGCUGCUGUACAUAUGGAACAGAACGGAAGUUGAUAUUAUCUCCGACAUUGACGAGUAUCAGACGUGGCCCGGCUGGCUGGUACUUGCCUGCCGCUCCACGAUGAUGCUCUGGUUCCUGUGGGAGCUGCGCACCACGAUGAAGUACGAACACUCGUCGCAGAAGCUGGACUUUCUGCUUCACUUCGGUGCUUCGAGUCUGGUGUGGUUCAUCUACCUGCCGAUCGUGGCCAUCAUUGCUGUGAACGUUAGUCCGCUGUGGCGGUAUAAGCUUUUACUAGGUAUAACAAAUUCUGCCGACUGUUUGGCGUACUGUGUGAUGAUGGGUUUGCUGUGGCCUAACCGUGCCGGCCAAUACUUGCUGCUGACGGGAACAAACUUUGGUGGUAUGGACGAACUGGACGAGUUCAAUGAAGCACCGCACAUAGUGCACCGGGACUCGGACACGCUGCACAGUAGCAACGGUGAUCUAGCGAUAGACGAUUAUUUAGACAACGAGGACGAUGAGAUAGAAACGCUCGUGCUCAGUACGGACGAUUUGCUGCACACGGGCAGCUCGUACGCAGUCGGCAGUGGGUCCGGCAGUGGUGGGGGCAGCAAACCACUCUCCCUGCACAAUGGUAGCGCCCUGAACGGUGGCAUUGGCAAAGGGGGACGAUCGUUCGAUUAGAUUCCCUGGCACGCUCGGGCGUAUAAGUGAAUGCCGCCCAGAGAGAGAGCGAGUCUCCCCCUCAACGGCACACCGGUUAAAAACGUAAACGACGAAUCUUUAGAACGAAUUUAAUUCACCCAUUACUGUAACGGUGUAGCAGGGCGGAGGUGCGCCAUGUGGGAUUAUUGUGGAUGUUAUUAGUCCCCAUCAACAAAACAUACUCUUGGCCGUUUAUCGUGUAAAAAAAGAAGCAGAAAACACCCCUUUUUGAAGCGUUUUGAAAUGAUACGGUACACACGACGACAACGGCGACGACGCCGGUCCCACCCGGUCCGGUCCCGGUUCACUCUAGCCUGCCAUUUGAGUGGCGCUCUAAUCUGGUCAUAAACUGAUUGUUUUAAGAUAAAAUACACUCGUCGAUACUAUCGCACCUUGGCACAUUGCAAAUUGGAGCAGACGACGAUAAGCUGCGUCGCGUGCGAUAGUGAAAGUCAAAAUUCUUCCAUUUCUUAUACAAAUAUUCGUAAUUUGAUAUUUCUCCCUAUCCGUUUGGGGAUAGUUCAUCUCACGGAUAGGAUCAUUUCCAUUCGAGCGCACGUCGGGAGGUAUGGAGUCGCAAUGGAAGCCCGAUUGCGACGAUCGGGUUCUGUACCUUCUGUGUGUAUAGUAUCAACCGUAGCUAAAUUUAACGUAAACGGACUGGUGACACUUAGGCAGCGGGGUGGCAACGGUCCAAAGAUAAAACAAAACAAAAGUAUUGUGUGAUAUGAAAUUUCAUAGCAAUUAUGCAAGACGGAUGAGAUAAAUCUAAAAUAACCUUUUACCUGUGUAAGACCAUUAGGCGGUAAGGAUGGGUCGGCAGCAGUGAUACUGGUGAAUGUGUAGUGAGCAUGCCAAUUUUAAGCUUUUCCGUUUCUGUGCUGUGCAAAUGUGCGCCCUGGACGCGCACAAGGGUAGUAGUAGUAGUGUAGUGUUGAGCACUGUUUCACACCGAAAGCCCACUGGUAUGCUGGUAUGAGUAAGUCAGCUGAUUAGUAUUUAGUUGAUAAGGUAUGUCAGCGUGCAAAGUGUACACAUACCGUAGGGAGAGUGAUCUAAAGAUUCUCUACUUUUAAUUAUCGUUCCGAUUAGUUGAUAUACUUUCACUUCCAAAACCGUAACUCACAACCAGCAUCGAGAGUUAGUUAGCGCGUCUGCUGGAUCGUAUUACAACUUCAAUUCAAUUACACAACUCACUUGCUCAGUGCAAUUCACGUCAAUAUAUGGAGAAUGCUCGUUAGAAGCGCUUUUAUCUUACACGAAUCUAUAUCUAUACCUAGAGCACUCGGCAGAAAAUUACUCAAAUUUAUCUAUCUCUUUCUCUGUGUGCGUGUGUGUGUGCUCACAAGAUUUUAGGAAGAAAGGAGCUCUUGUUUUUGGUCUGCGUACUUUGCUACUCAAUUUAAUUCUCUUAUCCUCUAGAAUGGUUCUGCAAUGAGAAGAAUAUUGCGAAAAAGCGAUAACCAAAAUGGAUAUAAAAAGAGAGAGAGAGAGAGAGAGAGAGAGAGAGGGGGAAAAGGGUAAUAUUAGCUUAUAAAAUAACCAUCAAGCGAUACCGCAGUUGAUUGUUGUUUGAACCUAUUUAAAUGGAGUACCGCUGCGACAUUAUGUCUGCGGAAGAUAAUUUAUAUGUAGCGCGCAAACAAAAGCACAUUUAGCAGAAAUGCUGCAAAAUAUAGAUCAAAACAAACCAAACACUUGUGUAGCGCUUAACCAAACUUACACGAAACACACAGAAGACAAGAAGAAAUGAAGAAACCCAACACUCAUACACAGACACGUAAUUUAACAAUGCCUGCAACGUAAAGUACCUUUUUUAAAUUAAAGCUUUGCUGAGAGUCAUAAACAGAUGAGUAGCAAAAUUAGCUUAAAUAGAAUGGCAGAUCGUUUAAAUAGAAUGGCAGAGAAAGAGAGAGAAAUAAAGGAAGGAAGCAAUAUAACUAGAAACGAAGAUAUUAAAACUCAUCCCAAAACCCCGACCAAGGGAAGCAACAUAAACACUCAUUUUAAAUUUUUAACUCAAUAUCGCUGUAGCAAAAUAAGACAAAAACACUGCUGCUUCGUAGGCUAUGCUCAAAACGAUCGUUAAAGUGAGGUGAAAUUCAAUUAGAUGAAACAGAAAAGGCUAACAAUACUGUUGAGACACGUACGCCCGGUCGACUUUAAGAGUAUGUUCAUCCGAAUCGUUCAAUGGUAAUAGAACAAUUUUAUAGAAUAACAAAGAAAACACUCUUUGUUCAAACUGGACGUUAUGUGUUUGUGAUGGUAUCAGUUUUACGAAAACAAAAAUAUCUACAGAUCUAUAAUAAGGUGUGUUUGUGUGAGAAAGUUUGCGUGUUUUUGUCCCAAAAGCUGUAGAAGAAUCCUUUUAUUCGUACGAUCGACUAUUACGUAAACUUACAAAAUUAUACGACCCAACAACGGUGGAGUCGCUGUUUUUGUGUGGAUCAGAGUUCUAAAUGGGCAUUUUGUAUUACUACACGAAACAGUUGGAAGACAUUAGAGAAAAUAUAAAAAAAAACAACAGAAAUAACGGUGCGCAGCGAGUGAGUUGUGAUAGACCAAUAAGAGUAUUUUUCUACUACUAAACUACAACUUAACGAAACUGAGGCUGAGGCGGAGCGGAGGCGCCUUGGUAUGAUUGUUCGAUCACUCAUUAAAUGGUACUAUACGGCUAGGGAGGUCGCCGGGAGUGCAACUCACACACACACACUCUCUCUCUCUUUAUCUGGUGCGUCAAACCACUUCCAAACAACUAUUGUGCAAAACGUUUGCAACCGAAAGUGAAGUAAAUGUCAACAGGAGGGUAAACAAAACUUUACUUGUACAAAAGACAAACUACGAAUAGCUGUGGGAAAAUAUGAAAAUUAAACUUAAAUUCUUAAUUAACCCGCUUACCCGGUUCCACGUUCCUGCAGGGGGGAAAAGAGUAUUGAGAAAGACCAAAUGUUUUGCUCUGUUGCGACAUCAUACAUUAUUUGGAUUAUUAUUUUGUUUUUUAUUUAAUGAAGAAGAGUCGAGAUGAGUUAUAUGUAUUUAUAUUGUUACUUAAUAUUGAUUGAUGGAUGACUCCUUAUUCCUAUUCGUCUAAAAUUACACUAUUUACAAAAGUAUAUAGUUCGUUCUGAUUGUGCUUUGCACAGAUUCGUACUGCCGGAUCACCUUACGUCGUACGUUUCUUAGGAUAUCCUUUGCGCUCGUAUCAUACACGCUUCCAUGUUUCGUGCAAAUUUUUCCGUAUGCCCAUCUUUCUCACCACUUCCGGGAUGGUCCUUUUAAGCCAUUGCUGCCGCAGCAGUCGGGAUGCGAUCGAGGGAGAUUUCGCUGUCCGUUCAUUCAGCAGCCUUUGUGAAUCGUCUUCCGCGUCUUGAAUCGGUGCUGCAUUAGUUAAUCCGAUUGCCAAUGAUGAUUCCUUCGCGAUAAAACACGGAUGCUCCUUUGGAAGAUGCUGCAAGCGGUUCAGUGCAACGAUUCUAUUCAUCUUGACUGGAGCUGUUAGCCUGCCUGCUUGCUUGAUGAUGAAUAACACACACCUUCUGUUAGUAUAGAGCUGCUUUUGGGUGGGAUUGAUGUCUGGUUGUUCUGAUGUCGUCUGCACAAUGGCUUGAAUGCGACUGUAUAGUUGACAGUUCAGAAUGGCACGUUUUAUAGCAAACAUGUAGCCACAGAGUUGGGGAAUUCUCUUUUACCUGUUUGACAGAAUGAUCCGAAUGGUUGAUUUCCACUCACAUACACACACACUUCAGGUACAUGGAUAGGAGACACGCCUGUAGGGUACGCCUUUAUGUGGGUUUUCAAAACCUUCAGGUAAUCCUUCCAGGGCCUUGGGGGUACCGAGCUUAGAAGACUCCCUGAGGUGUGAAAACUCUAAACGGACCGUUGUUUAUGUCCCAUAUUCCUCCAAACACAUUACACGGUACUUGUGUUACCGGCGUUGUCAAAAUUCCGUGAAAAACGGUAUUGUUUUUUUUUGUUGUUGUGAAUAUCCCGCAGACAGCGAGGAAAAACACAACUUCAAUGGAAAUCCCAAAAAUGGCAUUCUAAUCCACGAAAAGGUACCAAAACCCGGUUCGGUAGAUUAUGUGUUUGCCUGUUUUAAAUAGUAAUUGCAGCACAAUCGCACGUUCAAGAGACUUCGUUUUCUUUGGGUAGCCGUUCUAGGAUUAGGUUGACUUCAGUCUAUCUAACCAAAACCCACAAAAACAUAGUCAAUCCAUUAACCAAUUGCACUUCUUUGCAGUUAUUAAUUUUGCCUUUAUUUCAGUUUUUGCAUCAUUUUAAUUAAUGUUUUGAACAAAUUAAUCAUUCAUAUUAUUAUUUUUAGGUUAUCAGAAAUGUAACUAAUCAUUAUCAGACAUUAUUGAACAAUCGCGAAAGGUCACAAGUAAUGACGGCUGUUGAAAAACAUCUUGCAAGUUUGGAAUAAUGCUAUUCACAUUGCAAACUGUGCCAGAAAACGGUUUAUUACGUCCAUGUUCCAUGUUUCUUUUUUAAGUCAAGGAUUUACUUUUAUUGGGAACGUGGCUAGAGUAAAUUGUGUCCAUUGUUUAUUACGUUGCACAACUUAUCUUUCUUACUAUAACCUAAACUGAAUAAUUCAGUAAAAUAGCUUUUCAGUGCUAGGCAAAAUGAAUGCAUUAUUGUAAGGUUUACUGAUUCUCCGGAUGAUCAUUUUAAUUGAUCAUUAAGUAUCGUAAAGCGAUCGCAAGCGUGAAGUCAAUAUAAUAGCAUAUGGUACCAAUACUACGAAAAAACGUAAAAAAUAACUGUAUUUGAACAUAAACCUUCACUAAAUACACCUUGCAUGGCCAUUAAACGAUUAAAUGGAUGUAAUUUUGGGUAUAUAAGAUGACAGGUAGUACUGGGUGAGAAUGUGAGGUGUUAAAAGAAGCGAUAAAAAACACCCACAAAUAUUGUUUUAUUGAAGGGUUUCGUUUUUUGGCUACCUAGAAAAUGUUCCAAUCAUUAGAAGUAUUGGAGGAAGAUAACUAAAGCUACCAAUACCUAUUAAAGGUAGGAUUCAAUCCGUACCUGCUGUAAUGAUACUCUUAACAUUUACGUACGACAAUUUACGUGUGCCGAUCAUUAUGUGCUUCAGGUUUUUGGUUAUUACAUGUCACGGGCAAAACAGUUACGAUGAUCUAUAUACAUACAUUAAGUCCUGUUACUGGGUAAAACAAGGUCCUUAGCCACAGGUACAUUGAUCACUUUAUAAGGGAUGGGCAUUUAUUGAUUCUUUCCACUCGAAGGAACUUACCGCAGGUACGUUGUUGGCAAGUUUUUAGGUGAGAUUUUGUACGCUUGAAGAUUCGUAAAAUUUCGGUUAGAUCCUAAAUGAGCCUUUGGGGAACUAAACGCCCGCCAGGUGCCCCGGGUAGUGUAACGGCAAAGCAAACCUAAAGAGGAUCAUUAGCGCCAUUUUGUACUGUGUCUGCUGGCGCGAUUAGAACCUGUUUUCAUGUAAAGUUUGUGUGUGUGUGUGAAAGGUAAAAAAAACAUGUAAAAACAUAUACACUUUUCACAAGAAGCCGAUGUGUUACGUUUUGGAUUUAUAAUUUUCAUUUAUUUUUCCAUUCCUUUCUCUUGGUUUGUCACCUCUUUGCCUGAAGAUGGAUUGCUCUUGCUCUAACGAUGCUCUUCUUUUUCUGCUUUUGCGUAAAAUUCGUGCUUCAACUGCUACCGUUGCACCUCCGUUUAUUUUGCGUUUUAUUUUCGUUAAUUUUGCACAUAUCUAGUUAAUGUUCACCAAUUCUAUUCAACAUUCAUUAAUGAUACCGAACAUAGCUCAUAUUUUAGAUUAGUAGUUGUGUGUAAGUGUUGAUUUUGAUUUGUUUUUUUUUUUCUCCCAAUCAAAAGGUUGUGUUGUUUUGUAUGUUUUUCAUAUUUAUUUAUACCUUCCUUCCUUGCUCUGUGGUUCUUUCUUGCUGUUUUAUCGCUUUUACUGUUUACCUACCGAUCAAUAUGUCUCUAGCAAAUACUUCUGCAUUUAAAUAGUUUUUUUUUUUUUUAAUGUACCGAUUGGAGGGUUUUUUGUUAAACCCUUUUCAUACGCACCUAUAGCACAAUUUGUUUUGCGAUGCACCGUUCUGUUACACGCGCUGCACACAGUAAAAACAUGAUUACAUUGGUUAACAUUUAGAUGGCGAAUCGGUUGUGCCCGUAGACAAAAACGAUAAGAAAAAAACAAACAAUACAUUUCAAACAAACAAAACGAACAUUUCUGCUCUGGCUGUUAGGAUAAAGGCUCUGGUUGUUGUUGUUGUUUUUUUUGUUUGGUUUCUUAAGGGCUACGUCUGCUUGCCCCUUACGACACAAAAGGUAUAUGAUUUGCUACAUGUAUGUUUUUGUAUCUUCAUAUUUGCAAGUUUUGUUUUAACCCUUUUUUGACGAAUAAUACGGUUUUAGUAAUUUUCUAUAAGCAUAUAAUGCAUUUUAAAUUUUAUCCAUUGUUUUAUCUUGUGUUUAUUGCAUUUGGUACAUGAACUUGAUGUCUGUGUGUGUGUGUGUGGGAUAAAAAUUGUGUAAAUGUUUGUCUCUAUAUAGCACCGUACUUCGGAGCAGCUGUUUGUGUUUGUUGUUUUAUUAAAAGUAAAAAUAAGAAUAAAAAAAACAACGGAACGGAUUCUUAUCAUUCUAAGCCUAGAACGCAGAAAGUACGGCAACCCGUCUGGUUUAACACGCACUUUUUUCUGUUUGGUUUGGUUCUUUCUCUGUGUGCCAAAACUGUGAUCCGCAUUCGCCCCUUUCUCUUCGCUAGUUUCUCUUUUCUAGUUUCUCUUUGUUGCACCUUUUGUGUGCAGUUUUCCUCUAUAGUACAACCGUCUCUCUCUCUCUUUCUCCCUUCACUACUACGCAAAUUUGACUUGAUCCUUUGUCCUCAAAAUACUAUACGAUAGCUUAGAGCACUACGUUAAAGGUUAACUAAGUUUAACUUAAGUGUUUAGCAGGUUUGUAGGAUUGCUGAAAGAGAGUAAAGAGAAAAGGGGAAACAACAGAACAAUAAAAUAGAAAUAGAUAAUGAAGUAGCAAGGUAGCUUAAAGACAAAACAAUAACGGAUAUGAAGAAGGGAACAUUAAUGAAGGUUCAUCUUAAAACGAUUACACUACCAACUAACGCACACUGGGGAGGGUGUUUUGGCGAGUUUCAAAGAGAAAUAACGUUUCGCCAAUUUGCGGAUUCUUUACGGUCUACAUUUACAUUUGGAAGGAUGGAAGGGGCCAACUAUGUAUGUGUGUGUCUGUGUGUAGAGAAGGAUGUGUAGUGUGCUAAACCUAA